CGACGCCCCUGGUUAAUGGUACAGGAUUUAAAUUUAACAAUGGACAAAACACAUCCAGGAAGCAAAUCAAGACCCUUUCCAGUAACAACAUUAUUCAAACAGGAGCCUCACAAAUCGAACAAAAUGCAAGUGACUUACAGAAUUCCAGCUCUCAUCUAUAUCGGUGACAAUCAAACGUUUCUUGCCUUUGCUGAAAAACGAAAAACUGCAAAUGACACAGAUGCAGAUGUCCUUGUGAUGAGGAAAGGAAUAUUUAAGGAUGGUGAAGUUGAGUGGGAUAGUAGUCAUGAGUUGCUCACUUCGGCUUGUCAACCAAACCGCCGCAGCAUGAAUCCAUGUCCAGUCUAUGAGAGAGAAUCCAAGACUCUCUUUCUGUUUUUUAUCACUGUUCCUGUUGGGGUCUCUGAACACAAACAAAUACACAAUAAUAAGAAUCAGGCACGACUUUGUUAUAUAACCAGUCAGGACACUGGCAAAACCUGGAGUGAUUUGACAGACCUGACAGCAGAUGUGAUCGGUGAGCAGGAGAAGGACUGGGCCACCUUUGCUGUUGGACCAGGACAUGGUCUUCAAUUAAAGAGAGGAAGACUGAUUAUCCCAGCAUAUGUGUACCCUUGCCACUCUCACAAAAGUUUACCCAAAUCACGUGCAUUUACAUUCUACAGUGAUGAUAAAGGAAGUACUUGGAAUUUAGGAAAACGUCUGGACGGUGAGUCUAAUGAGUGUCAAAUGGCUGAGAUCUUUGACGACAAAGGUAACAGUAAACUUUACUGCAAUGCUCGAAGUAUAUCUGGCAAAAGAGUCGAGGCUCUAAGUGAGAGUAAUGGAGAUGCUUUUGACAAGCCUUCAUCUGCAUGUAAGCUGACAGAGACCGGACAUGGCUGCCAAGGAAGUGUGUUGAGUUUUGCCCCUGAUCAAGCAACUGAAAAAACCUGGCUACUCUAUUGUCAUCCAACCAAUCCAAGCAAGAGAAUGUGCCUUGCCAUCUACUUGAAUAAAUCGCCAUGGGAUGAAUCAGGAUGGGAGGACCGUAAAUUGAUAAUCUAUGAUGGUCCAAGUGGAUACUCAGAUCUGGCUCACUGCGGAGAUGGAAAACACUUUGCCUGUCUUAUGGAAUGUGGAGAGAUAAAGGAGACUGAAGGGAUAGACUUUGUCCUUUUUAAACUCAGUGACAUCAUUUAGGCCAGAGUGCUAAUGGAGACUGCAAAAGUCAAGAUUUUCUUUUUGUUUUGCAAAUUAUUAAUUUACUGCUUAAAAUAAUGGACAAGUACUCAUAAGGGAAUAAUAUGUAAAAAAGGGAAUAAUAUAUAAAUAUAUAAAAAAAAGAAUGAUUUUUGAAGGAUCAUGGGACAUUGAAGACUGCCAUCACAGGGAAAAAUCACAUAAAACUAAAUAGAGAAGUUUAAAAUUGUAAUAGUAUAUCACAGUGUUUCUAAUAAAUGCAGCCUUGACAAGGAUAAGAGACUUUAAAAAUGAUUUUACCAUCCCUAAACCAGGGGUUAAGCCAGAAAUGUUUAAGUGGGUGGGCUAACAUAAAACAGGGUGGGGAAAACUUAUGAAAGCUGCAUGUCAAAUUGCUAACAGAAAAUACACCACAAAGGCUGGAUACACAAUUCUUCUACUGCACUGAUUAGCAAUAAUGUUUAUUUCAACAUUUACUUAAUUAAAAUUAAAAGUUGUAUCUGUUAGCAUUCAUACCUGAGAUAAGAAUUAUAAUGAUCAGCUGUAUUUUUAUUAACUAAAUAUAGUAACAGAUGUAUUGCUCAUUGUUAUUGUUAGUUAAUGCAUUAACUAACAUUAAUUUCCAAGGAAGUUUACAUUACAUUGUAACAUUACCUUAGUCUGAGGCAAUGGGGCUACAUAUGUUCUCAUUAUCAUUAUUAUUUUUAUUUUUUGUUUUGUUUAAUAAAUUGAUCUGGUUGAUGUUAGUUUCACACGGGCCCAUCUGUAGCUUCACCACUGUCUCCAAACUUUUGAUCAAACUACUUCCUAUAUCCAAAAAUAUGCUUUAUGCAAAGUAGUUCUGUGCCAUUAUUCAAUUUUUAUUGUAGAUGUCAGUUUUUUUUUCUAUUUUGCAAAAAUAUAUAACAGCAUGCUUUCAUCGCUAUUAUGACCGCUCUUCCUCCAACCAUGAUUUAUUUUUUAUUUGUUGCAAACUUAUUUGAAGUAGUCCUUGAGUUGCAUGUCAAGCCUUCUUUCAUGGAGCUUUUUUUUUUACCUUAAUAAAAAUAUAAUUAAAUAACCUUAUUAAUGUUUCUGUUGUUUUUGUCAAAUAUUUGGAGAUGGAUGCUGCACACUGGUGUAGGUUGAGGAGAUUUCCCCUUCUCUGUAAGGUGCUUUUAAAACUGGCCGAGGGCUCUGUCCCUCUGUACUCCAGUCCAUUGUGUUGUAGAUGUGCAUGUUUCAUCAAACCCUUCCAAAUUCAAGAAAAAUUAAUUGUCAGGUCAUUGGUUACCAGAGGUCUUCCCAUUAAGGAAGAUGAACAUGACAUUUUGUAUUUAACAAUCUUACAAACCUAAAGUUUUUUUUUUUCUUUAUUUGAGACAGGAAAAAUGGAAGCAUUCUUUACUUACCCGACACAGUAAGACAUCUGUUGAGAACAGGAGCGCAAGAAACAUUUCAGAAAAUCAUUCUUUGAUGUGCUAUGUUGGACAUUUAAUUUUGUUUGACAAAACGGACUCUGUAAAUCUCUUAGAUCAGACAGCAGCAUGAGACCGGGGGAUGAAAGUCGAAGGUUCGGACUGAGAGGUGUCACUCCUCAACCAAAGUGAACAGUGC